UCUCCAAGCGGGAAGCUCCAGUUGUGGUUCUGGGCUGAUCCUGUGCCAUCAUGAAGCUCAGGCUUCUGCUGCUGUGUGUGCUGCUGGCUCUGCUCUUCGUCUCCUGCGAGAUGAAGAAGAAAAAAGACAAAGACAAAGACAAAGGUCAUGGUCAUGGUCAUGGUCAUGGUCGCGGCCGUGGUCACGGUCACGGUCAUGAUCAUCAUCAUCAUCGUGGAAAACAUGGCAGAGGACGCUUUGUAGAUAUCAUCACCGAUAUAUUCUUCCAGAAUGCUGGUGAUGAUGAUGACGACGAUGAAGAACACAGCAGCGACUGGCUUUAUGAACUCCAGGAACCAGAAGGUCCAUGCAGCCCCAACCCCUGUCAUAACAAUGGAGUUUGUGAAGAAGGAAAGAAAGGCAAGAAGUUCAAAUGCGACUGUCCAAAACCAUUUAAGGGCAAGAAAUGUGAAAAAGGUCCCAAACACUGUAAAAAGGGCAGGUGCGGCCGUGGAGAAUGUGUGGUGACCUCUGAUCCUCCGUUCUUCGAGUGCAAAUGCAAAGAGCCAUUCAAGCCUCCAAACUGUGUCCAGUAUUCUGUUUGUGACCCUAACCCUUGCCAAAAUGGAGGGAAGUGUGUGAGAGACGGCAAUGAUUUCGACUGCGCCUGUGCUGAUGGGUUCAGUGGACACUUCUGCCAAGUCGGUCCCGAUGACUGCUAUACUGGGGAUGGGGAGUCCUACAGGGGAAAUGUGAGUGAGACAGAUGAUGGUCACGAGUGUUUGUACUGGAACUCUCACUUCCUCUUGGACUCUGGCACCUACCCCUUUGGGUCCAACGAGGACGAUGACGGACUGGGCCCCCACAACUUCUGCAGAAAUCCAGAUGGUUCAAAGAUGCCGUGGUGCUUCUACCGAAAAGGCCGCAAACUCUGGUGGGACUACUGUGAUGUAAGACACUGUGACGAUCCAACAGAUGAACCAUCUACAGCUGAACCCACACACCAGCCCGAUCCUACGCACCACGCCCCAACCUCACCUGGGCCAACAGAAGAACCAGCACCAGGUCCCACUCAGCCUGCGCCACCUGUUUCCACCACCCAUGCCCAUGAACCUACCCAUGGACCUACCGCUACCCAUGGACCUACCGCUACCCAUGAACCUACCCAUGGACCUACCGCUACCCAUGAACCUACCGCUGCCCAUGAACCUACCGCUGCCCAUGAACCUACCGCUGCCCAUGAACCUACUGCUGCCCCAGGAUCUACUGCUGCCCCUGGUUCUACCCCUGCCCCACACACCCCAAGCCCCACUAAUGCCACCACCAAUGAAACUGCACAGUUCAAGACGUGCGGACGCCCAGAGCCUAAAAAACCCAUCACUCGUAUCUUUGGGGGUCUUAAAGUGCCGCCUGGUGCCCUGCCAUGGCAAGUGUCGGUACAAGUGAGGCCUCAGAACUCCAACGCGCCCUUCAGACACCUCUGUGGAGGAAUCCUCAUCGAGAGCUGCUGGGUGCUCACCGCUGGACACUGCAUUCACAAAAAUCGGGACAUGCAGGUGGUUUUGGGAAGCAAUGACCUCUCCUCAGAAGAGUCCAGUCAGCAGACGUUACCUGUGGAGGAAGCCAUUCUGCAUGAGAACUACAACGAGAAGCCAUACGCUGUUUACAAUGACAUAGGUUUGCUGCGUCUGCAAGGUCAUAAUGGAGUAUGUGCUGAAGAGUCUCAGUUUGUGAAGACGGCCUGUCUCCCAGAAGCCCCACUGCCUGAUGGGACGGAGUGCACCAUUUCAGGAUGGGGUGCCACAGAGAAUGCGACCGGUUCUCAGCACCUGCUUGAGGCCAAAGUGCUGCUGAUUAACCAAGACAAAUGCUCGAAACCCGAAGUCUACGGUGCUGUCCUGGACAACGGCAUGAUGUGUGCUGGACACCUGCGGGGAGGGGUGGACUCCUGCCAGGGUGACUCUGGCGGCCCUUUGACCUGUGAAGAGAACAACGCUUUUGUAAUUUAUGGAGUAGUCUCCUGGGGCGACCAGUGUGGCAAGAAGAACAAGCCCGGGGUCUACACUCGCGUCACAAACUACCUGGAUUGGAUCAAGUCUAAGAUCUCUGCUCCAGCCAAAUAAGUCUAAUGGGGUCAGGUUUAAGCCAAGGAAUCGAUGGGAGUUGUUAAUAUGAAUGUGUGAGCGUUUUCAAUCAAGAUCAUUUGGAUUCACCUGCCAUUUUGUUUUUCAUUUGACCUUUCUAAUAAAUUCCAGUAAAAUCAUCUGUUUUUGAAUUCAAUUUCAUUAUAAACACUGGCUAUGUUUAUGUGCACAUAAAAUUAGUAUUAUCAGAUUUCUAGAGAUGUAAAUCGCAAAUCAGAAAUUAUCAGAAAUAAAUCAGACCGCUAUGUUCAGAUUGUUCAGCUCCAUUCCAAUAACUCCAGCAGUAACUUGAUCAUAAUAAAAAACUUUUCUAAUGGACCAGAAUAUAAAAAUACAUCAGCAGCAAAAUGAUUUGUCAUGAAUGCAAACAGGGCUAAAAGGAGAAACCAAUGAGGUGAAGCCAUGAGUGUGACUUGGCUAAAGAUGAGAUGAGGAGAGGUUUGCGAUCUAGAUAGUCACACGACAUUUACAGAUUCAAAUAAAAUGAACAGU